GACGGUCGUGUUUCAGUCGCAGUUCCUCGAGGCAAGUGUCCCGAGGCCCCAUCGCAUAGUAAAUCAUCAUCAUUAGUGCAACCAUAUAUAGUGUUUGAGAAAAUCAAAAGAGCAAACGUAUAAAAACUGUGCAAGUACGAAUAAAAACGUGGCAUUAUCCUGACAAACCAAACCAGAGAAAACCCUAAGCCAAGCUAAAAUAAAAAUCCACUAACAAACGGUCGCCAAGUGAAGUUGUUUACAACUUGCGGUCAGGACUUUUUCGAAUUUUCAGAGGUUUUUCGUGUUAGUUUGUGUGGUUUUCCGCCCUCGCCCCCAAGUCCUGUGUGUUUGUGUUGUGCUGCUGCAAAGUGGAAGACGCCAUGGCAACACAUUGCUAAUCGAUGACGUGACCAAAAACAACAAAGAAUACAAAAGCAAACCACAAAACACAACAAACCAAAAAAAAAAUAAUAAUAAUAAAGGAGCGAAAACAGGACACCCCUCUUCACACUUGGGAUAACACAAGGAUAAUGACCAUAAACUGAUUUGAUUGCAAAUUGAAAUGGCAACAGCAACAAUGUGAGCGGCCACAAGAGCAAUAAUCCCAAGCAAAGAGCUCUGAAAAUAAGCAGCAUCGAGAAUAAUAAACAACCAAAGAAUAGGAAAUACGAAAUAUAAGGGACAAAUCAUAAGCAGGAAUGCCGGGAAAUUGUGGGCUGUGAGCUGCAGGAUGCGAAUGCGAUGCGAAGGCGACGCAGAUUGCAUCCAAGGACUGCUGGGCCAGCGAACAAUCGGUGGGGCAAACAAUGCGAACUAAUAAAGCACUUAAGCGGAUAGACAACGACGACGACGACGACGACCAGCAACGAGGACACCCAAGUGGAAGCAAUACUCCAACUCCAUCUCCGGCAGGAGCAACAGCAGCUUCGGCUCUAAUCAAAGUUAAAUUUUCCGUACCACGGGCCGUAUGAUCAACGGGCAUUGGAUUGAUACGCAGACAAUGGCGCAACCGCCCCAAAACAGACGCGACACGGGUCGCCGUUGUCCCCCAUUGGGACAGUCGCAACGGGAGAGCGACGAGGAUGAGGUCCUCGUCACCUCUCGAGCCACCACACCGCUGACAGCCAACGGAGCUACCACUACCAGACUGGUGGCUGUUCAGCCGAAGGACAUGCAACGAAACCACCUGCUAAAGAUGCCAACCGCAACAAUAGAGAAACCAACGAUAACAGCCACCAAAUCAUCAUCAGCAGAAGCAGCAGCAGCAGCAGCAGCAGCAUCAUCGUCAGCAGUAAGAGUCCCUCGCCGGGCACUAAGGAUACUGGCCCAGAGCCUGCUGCUCCCAGCCCUAAUCCUGGGCGUACUUGUGGGCAGCAGCCAGGCGGGUUUCGCCUGCCUCAGCAAUCCCUGUGUGUUCGGCGUCUGCAUCGAUGGCCUGAACAGCUCGUACUCGUGUUACUGCAUUGAUGGCUACACAGGGAUCCAGUGCCAAACGAAUUGGGACGAAUGCUGGUCGGGCCCCUGUCAAAAUGGCGGGACAUGUGUGGACGGUGUGGCCUACUACAAUUGUACGUGUCCGGAAGGAUUUUCCGGAUCCAGCUGCGAACAGAACGUCGACGAGUGCAUGUCGAAUCCCUGCCAGAACGGCGGACUUUGUCGGGACAGGACUAAUGGCUACACCUGCACCUGCCAGCCGGGCUACCUGGGGGAUCACUGUGAGCAGGAUGUGGCCGUCUGCGACACAGGAACUGGAGCACGUUGCCAGCAUGGCGGUGAGUGCAUUGAAGGUCCUGGGCUGGAGUUCACCUGCGAUUGCCCGGCGGGCUGGCAUGGAAGGAUCUGCCAGGAGGAGAUCAACGAGUGCGCCUCGUCGCCAUGUCAGAACGGCGGCGUUUGUGUUGACAAGUUGGCGGCCUAUGCCUGUGCCUGUCCCAUGGGCUACACGGGCAUCAAUUGCGAGGAGGAGAUCCUCAUCUGUGCCGACAAUCCGUGCCAGAACAACGCCCUCUGCCUCAUGGAGGAGGGAGUGCCCACGUGCUAUUGUGUUCCGGAUUACCACGGCGAAAAGUGCGAGUACCAGUACGACGAGUGCCAGUUGGGUCCGCGCUGCAUGAACGGUGGCGUUUGCAUCGACGGAGUGGACACCUUCUCGUGUUCCUGUCCUCCGCUGCUGACAGGAAUGCUCUGCGAGUGUUUGAUGGUGAGCGAAGAGUCCUUGGACUGUAAUUACACGGCUCCGGCUACUCCGCCGCCAACGAGGAGAACCACCACUACAUCCACGGUGGCACCGCCCACAGUUAGGCCUGUGACGCCGCCAGAGACCACUGUUCCCCCGAGAGUUUCUGAAGAAGUUGAGCUGCCAGUUGUUACUACGGCAGCACCAGUUGCAGCACCAGAGGUAGUGACCUCGGCGGGAUCCUCUUCCUCAGAGGAGACGGUUUCUGUGGAAAUCAAAGCUCCGACCUUGGCACCGCCAGAGAGCGAUAGCCACAGCAUAUCCGUGGAGCACACUACAGUUGCACAACCCGCACCUGAACCCGAACCCGAACCCGAACCCGAACCGAGACCCCAACCUGCUCCGGAAUCGGAGUCCGAGACCGAGGAGGAGAUAAUACCUGGAACCACAGCAGCUACACUGGCGGUUAGCAAAUCCUCCAGCUCUUCCGAGGAAUCACCGAGCAUAUAUACAACGCUGCCGCCUUUGCCAGGUCAACCGAAAACCACAUCCUCGGCGGAGAGUUCCGGUGAAGUGGUGACCUCCGAGGAGUACACCACCGUGCCACACUUCGACGUCAGUGGCAGUAAGAGUGAGAGCGGCAGCGUAGAGAUCACCACAGUAAGACCAACAGCUCCACCCAGCAUUACCAUAGCAGUGGACUACGCCACUUCCUCCAGCAGCAGCAGCUCGGAAUCAGUGGAAUCAGUGGUCACCACGCCGACACCCACUUUUGUGCAGAGGGUCACCACCAUUGCCGCCACCAUCUCCGUGGACUAUGCCACGCCCACGCCCUAUUAUCCCCCGGAAACCACUACGCCACGAGUGAUUCCAGUGCCGAGACCCACAUUUUCUCCCGAACCACCUUUGGAUGUGGUGGAGACCACGGCUUCGACGCAGCAUCUCUGGACAGAGGUGCCAACGACGGCGGCUCCCUUCUUUACGGAGUAUCCAGCGGAAGUCCUGAUCACCACGCAUCGAACCAGUGCAGGCAGAUUCACCACGGUGCAGCCACCUGUGCAGGUUUCUACCUUGUCUCCAGCAGAGGAGUCUUCCAUAGAACUGACCACGCCGUAUACACCCCACAUAGUGGUGACCAUAUUGGAUGCAAAUGCCACGAUACCAUCGCUGAUUACGACCACGGGAAUGCCAACGACGCAUCAUCAUCACCAUUACCAUCACCAUGAUCACGAGGGCACAACGCUGAAUCCACUCGAGGAAGAUGAGCACCAUCACCACCACCAUCACCAUCAUCACGAGCAUGAGGUGGUCCCCACCACUCCCAUGCCAGUGGAAAUAACCACGGGUCUGCCUCUGCAAACAGAGGACUUGAUUGGAGUCCAGCAGCCUGCUCCAGUGACCACAGCAGAACCAUAUGCUCCUCCAGAGACUACAGUGGUUCCACUGACACCACUGACCACACCUGCUCCACCAGCAACAGUUGCUCCGGCGGCCCCACCAGCAACACUUGCUCCUCCCGAGACGCCAGCAACUCCGGCAACUCUUCCUCCAGCCACUGAACCUCCCACAGCGGCGCCAACACCUCCUCCAACUGUGCUGCCUACUUUGCCACCCGUAACCCUGCCCCCGGCUACUCAGCCACCACCCACGAUACCACCCACGAUACCACCCACGAUACCACCCACUCCGCCCUCCACACAAUCCGCACAAACUCUGCCGCCGCCUACAAUGCCCAUAAAUGUUUACACCACUCCCGAAGGACCUGCGCCGACUACGACCUCUGCCGCCCAAACGAAGCCUCCGGUCACGGAGAGCAGCGAGGAGGUGGAGGGCUCCAACACGGUGGCCACCGGCGGCGGCCGGGGAGCCGGUGGAGUUCCCGAGGAGAAGUCCGGCGAUGUCGAUUGCAUCAAGCUGGGCUGCUACAAUGGCGGAACCUGCGUUACCACUUCCGAGGGAUCACGGUGCGUUUGCCGCUUCGACCGGCAGGGUCCGCUCUGCGAGCUGCCCAUUGUCAUCCGGAACGCCGCCUUCUCCGGCGACUCGUACGUGUCGCACCGCAUCUACAAGGACAUCGGGCAGCACGAGUCCCUAGAUGCCGUCCUGCCAAUGCACAUCCAACUGAAGGUGCGGACGCGGGCCACCAACGGUCUGAUCAUGCUGGCAGCCGCCCAGGGAACAAAGGGCGGCCAUUACAUGGCCCUGUUCCUCCAAAAAGGACUGAUGCAGUUCCAGUUCUCCUGCGGACUGCAGACGAUGCUGCUGAGCGAGCUGGAAACGCCGGUCAACACGGGCCACGAAAUUACCAUUCGCGCUGAAUUGGACUUCAGCCGGAAUUACACACACUGCAACGCCUCGCUGCUGGUGAACGACACGCUGGCCAUGUCCGGGGAUCAGCCCACCUGGCUAAAGCUUCUGCCUUCGCGGCUCCACACCCCGGAGGCGAUACUGAACACCUGGCUCCAUCUGGGCGGUGCGCCCCAGGCGCCGAUUGGCCUGAUUAUCGAGCUGCCGCCGGCCCAGAGCGGCACGGGCUUCACUGGCUGCCUCCAUACGCUGCGGAUCAAUGGACAGGCUCGCGAGAUAUUUGGCGAUGCCCUGGAUGGCUUUGGCAUCACGGAAUGCGGCUCUCUAGCCUGUCUGUCCAGUCCCUGUCGCAAUGGCGCUGCCUGCAUCAAGAUCGAAUCAAAUGAGCUGGACGAGAAUGGUGAGAAGGCCGAGAAGUGGAAGUGCAAGUGCCCCACCGGCUAUAUGGGACCCACCUGCGAGAUAUCCGUGUGCGAGGAUAAUCCCUGCCAGUACGGUGGAACCUGCGUGCAGUUCCCAGGAAGCGGCUACCUAUGUCUGUGUCCGCUGGGCAAACACGGUCACUACUGCGAGCACAAUCUCGAGGUGGCCCUGCCCUCCUUCUCAGGCAGCGUAAAUGGCCUCUCCUCGUUCGUGGCCUAUACCGUGCCCAUUCCGCUGGAGUACUCCAUAGAACUGAGCUUUAAGAUCCUGCCGCAGACUAUGUCACAGAUCUCCCUGCUGGCCUUCCUGGGACAGUCGGGUUACCACGAUGAGAAGAGCGAUCACCUCGCGGUGAGCUUCAUCCAGGGCUACAUCAUGCUCACCUGGAAUCUGGGAGCAGGACCACGUCGUAUUUUCACCCAAAAACCCAUUGACUUCCGGCUGGACGCUCCCCGGGUUCCCUACGAGAUUAAAGUGGGUAGGAUUGGUCGCCAGGCCUGGCUAUCGGUGGAUGGAAAGUUCAAUAUAACUGGCCGAUCGCCGGGAAGUGUUAGCCGCAUGGAUGUGCUGCCGAUUUUGUAUCUGGGCGGUCACGAGAUAGCCAACUUUAACACGCUACCCCACGAUCUGCCGCUGCACUCGGGAUUCCAGGGAUGCAUCUACGAUGUCCAGCUGAAAGCAGGCCAGGUUACCGUACCCCUGCAGGAGACGCGGGGGGUCAGGGGACGCGGUGUGGGUCAAUGUGGCACCAGGGAAUGCCAUCGGCAUGCCUGCCAGCAUGACGGCGCCUGUCUACAGCACGGAGCAACCUUUACAUGCAUCUGCCAGGAGGGCUGGUACGGGCCGCUGUGUGCCCAGCCCACGAAUCCCUGCGACUCCUUCAACAACAAGUGCUACGAGGACUCCACCUGCGUGCCUCUGGUCAAUGGCUAUGAAUGCGAUUGUCCUGUGGGACGAACAGGCAAAAACUGCGAAGAGGAAAUACGUUCCCUUAGCGAUGUAUCCCUCACCGGAAGACGUUCGUAUCUGGCGGUUCGUUGGCCCUAUCUCUACGAUGGCGGCGAUAAAAUGGGUGCAAAACGUUCCCAGAUGGUCAGCUAUAGGAACUUUACCAAGAAGCUAAUGCCCCCGAAACCGAUAACCACACCCAGCAGCCACUUUGUGAUGAAGCUGCUCAAUGAGGUGGAAAAACAACGCAGCUUCUCGCCCGUUCCCCUGAUGGGUUCGAAGACCUUCGAAGAGCACCAUCGUGUGCAGUUCUUCUUCAUCGAGUUCCAACUGCGUCCGCUAUCGGAACGGGGAUUGCUCUUGUACUUUGGCACCCUGAACAAUAACCAGGACAAGAAGAUCGGCUUUGUAUCGCUCUCGCUGCAGGGCGGCGUGGUGGAGUUCCGGAUUUCGGGACCCAGCAACCAUGUCACCGUGGUGCGCAGUGUGCGAAUGUUGGCCAUCGGCGAGUGGCACAAGAUUAAGAUGGCGCAGCGUGGUCGCUGGCUGACUCUGUGGGUGGAGGGAAGCGCCUCGUCGGCUUUGGCUCCCUCGGCAGAGGUCCUGGUUGAACCGGACUCGCUGCUUUACAUUGGCGGACUGAAGGAUGUGUCCAAGCUGCCGCACAAUGCCAUCUCCGGAUUCCCCAUACCGUUCAGGGGCUGUGUCCGGGGCUUGGUGGUGAGUGGAACUCGCAUUGUGCUCAACGAGACCAACAUUGUGGAAUCGCGUAACAUUCGAGACUGUGAUGGCACUGCCUGUGGCGGGGACUCUUGCGAGUCCGGCGGACACUGUUGGCUGGACGAGAAGCUGCAGCCGCACUGCAUCUGCCCGGAAUAUGCCAAGGGCGAUCGCUGUGAAUAUUCGGAAACCUGCAAGCUGAUACCCUGCAAAAACAAUGGAAGAUGUCUGCGCAGCGGACGCUGCUCGUGUCCCAAUGGCUGGGGUGGCUUCUACUGCGAGAUUGCCAUGAGCAAGCCAACGACGCCGAGCUUCCGUGGCAACAGUUACCUGAUCUUGCCGCCGCCUCGGAUUCCGAUGAAAGACAAGCGGCGCGGCCCCUCGCUCUAUGUCCGCCCCCGCGAAGCCAUCCAAGUCACGCUGAACUUCUCCACCAUCGAGCCGGACGGCCUGCUCCUGUGGAGCGAGCACGAGCGCAGCAAGUUCCUUGGCCUGGGACUGGAGGCGGGUCACCUGAAGUUGGCCAGUAAUUUGCUGGGAAGCUCUAAUGACACCGUAAAGGCACCGGCCAGCGGUUUCAUCGCCGACGGCGCCUGGCACUGGACCAGUGUCCUGCUGGAUCGCUCACGGCUAGAGCUCCAGCUGGACGGGGAGGUGAUCUUCACGGAGCGAUUGCCCGAAAACGGCCGAAACCCAAGCCCAUCAUCAACCACGACCAGAACCACAUCGGCGGGCAGGCGCAAGAGUUCGAGCAAAGAGCCAACAAUUAGCUACGAGGAUGUCUUCUACUUGGGAGGAUUCCCCAACUUGGACUCGGUAAGCAGGCGGACGCAGGGUCGCUUUUUCGAGCCCUUUAAGGGAUGCCUGCAGGACAUUCAGUUCGGCGCCGAGCCGAAAGCGAUUAUCAGCGAUUUCUCGGCGUACCAGGGGGAAAAUAUCGGAUCCUGUGAUCUGCACGGUGACGAGCCGCUAAUUGUAUAGGAAACGAGGGAAGUGAAAUCAAAACACGGAUAAACGAAGGAUUAUUGUGAACUUUCAAGGAUCUUGGCCGGAUUUCUUGACCGUCAAACUGACGAAGGAGAUAUAUAGAGAAGAUAACUACUUGUAAGCUACUAAGUGAUAAGCGAGUUUAUAUAGCGGAAAGCUGAUGGGGGGACCUCCUUCCCCAAAAUCAAUAUAUACACAGACAGAAAGUUUUUGGGCAAAGCUAUCGACAAACGACAAGAAAUGGAAACGUAAUUUUGUAAAUUUUAUAGAAAUAAAAAAACACAAAAAGACAAUGUUUAGACUUAAAAAUUACAAAAUAAAAACAUGGAAGAAAGAUUUACUGGUUUAUCAAAAAACAAAUAAAGACAAAAUUGUAGCUUAGGAUCUUAAACUAGAAAAUACCAAUACCAGAUACAGAUACCAGAUAUAAAAACUUCUCUUACGUAAGUGAUAUUUCAAAUGUGGAAUAACGGUAAAGGAUAAACCCCCAAGAAACCAAGAAAUUAACUUAUUUAAAUGUAUAUUGUUUUUGUUAUGCAAACGUUAGCAUUUCUGUUGAAUAAUCCUUUAAUUUCCAUAUCUACAAGAACUGCCCUCAACGAGUUUCUGCCAUUUUUUAAUUUGUUCAAUUUUGAAACGUGAAUUUAGUUAAGUGAAUAUUGUUUCCUGUUAUGUCUGUGUGUACGUUAUAUAUAGCAUAAAGCUCUCUCUCUCUCCUAAUUGAAGCCAUUUAGUUGCCUUGUAGUAAGUUAGCAUAUAACUCUCCUAUGAUUUAUCUUGAAUAACUAUAAUGUAACUCAAAAUCGAAGUCGCCUAUUCUUCUGAAAACAAAUCAAGGGGCAUACGAAAAAUCUAUGCUAGUCAUUACAAUAUAAUUAUUCUUGUAAACCAAGGAAAACCCAGUAGCGGGGAAGAAACAAACAAAAAAAUAUAUAUACAAAAUACUUAUACAAUACGAGAAACAAAACAAAACAAAAAAUUGGAAAUUGUAACCCAAAACAGUAAGUUAAGGAUGUGUUUAUUUCGAGAGACAACACUUAAUCAGUUAUAAUUUUAAAUAAAAAACAAAUGGAAAAUAGAAAAGUUAAUAAACUUAAA